CUCUCUCUCACUUCCUUCCAUUGAACCUCACCUUGAAAAAGCAAAAGACUCGUCAAUUCAUCACCAACUCAAAUCCCUUCAGUACUCGGACCACCUCAAAUCCCUGCAACCAGAGAAAAUCAGUCGCCGUUUUUUGUUGUUACUCUCACAAAUCUCAGAGCAGAAAGUCAUGGGGGUCAAUACGCGAAACAGGCGCUCCGCAAGUAGGGGUGAUGCGGCGAGGCUGCGUAUAUCUAACCUCCUCAGACCACAGAAUGGAAAAGGGUGUACCGUUGCCAAAAUUUGGUGAAUGGGAUGUCAAUGAUCCAGCAUCAGCUGAGGGAUUCACUGUAAUCUUCAACAAGGCUAGGAAUGAGAAGAAGACAGGUGGUAGACCUGACUCACCAUCAAAGGAGGACCGCACAUAUAAGCAAGGAGCAGUUCUCGGAAAGCCCCCAUCUAAAAAAUGGUUUUGCUGCUUGUGUGCGGAGUCGUGAGGAGGCACCAACCAUGUCAUAAAUUUUACAGAAGAUACUACUACGUAUUUAUGCCCCCCACGACGAUGUAUAUUCCAGAAGACUGGAGCUAUGUUCAGAAGCCAUGAUUGGUCCCGCUGGAAUCUGUUUGCUGUCUAUUUGAACAUUGGUAGAAUUUUGGGAGACGAAUGAUUGAAAAAUGAUACUGUUUUACGUUUGUGCAUACUGGUGAACUAUGAUUGCAUGCAGCUUCCUUUUCUUGAAUCAAUGCUUGAUGCUGAGUUAAUCGUGA